UUUCAAUAUUUAAUAAUCACUUCUUUAUUUUAAAUUGUGUGACAAAGAAAAGGUACUGUAGUCACGAGAUUACCACGCAGUUUCACAUAGUUCUAAGAACUUUCGGUAUUUAUUACCACGUCUUGGGUUUUAUGAUGUUUGUGUCAAAGUUUUGUACGAUUUUUCUAGUUUUGGAGGCGACAUUUUUCACUUCAAACGUCUGUGCUUUCAGCAAAAUGGUUAAACUGGAAAGUGUUUUCCGUUUUGCCAACAUAUAUGGUGAUCACAUGGUUCUGCAGAUGAAACCUUUUAGUGCAGUGGUAUGGGGAUUCGGUGAAAUAGGACAAACAGUUGAUGUCAAGUUGGGAGGUGAAGUUCAAACGACGGAAGUAGUGAAAGGUGAGCAAAUUAAAUUCCCUGGGUACAGCUGAGGGUAAAGUGUUCUGUAGUUAGUUGUGAAUUUCCGAUUGAAGUUUCUUUUAUGGUCAGCAACCUCCCCGAUGAAGGGGAACGGAUAGUUCUGAAGUAAUUUGAUAAAGAGGGGACGAGCGAAGGGGAAACAGAUAGAACCUUCAAUCUAGCCCCAAAUAGUUGCAUCUCAGUAUUCGGCAAAGUUUCCGCACAGCCCCAUACUUCAUUAUGCAUACAGUCCUUUGUUAGAAGAAAACAAUAGCGCAAACAAUAGAUUACCUUCGGGUUGAGGUUCAAGCCUACUAACUCUUUUGAUUUACGAAAAUGAAAUACUACAUAUGAUUUUUUUCCCUCAGACAUUUCGUUUAUAAUUAGAAGGUGAACACAUAAUGCACAGUAAAACCUCUCUAAUAAGGAUAUCACAUGACCGGAGAAACUGUCUGUCUCCUGUCUGUCACUUAAUCACACGAGUGCUCACUAUAGAAUGGUGGUGUAUGUUUUUUGUCCUCUGGGUUGGAGAUUUAGUGUCUUCUUGGUAUUAGGGAUGGUCCAUUAAAUGUAGGCUAUUUUUUUAAGAAUAGUAUUUUGGUUAUUUGUAGAAAAUAAGAAAAACAAGGUAAUGUAGGUUAUUUAGGUAAAGAAUAUUUUUAAUGACGUAAUUAAGGACUGCUUUAUCAGGAUUUGCUCUGAUGAGGAAUGGAGGGGGAGGGCAGAGCUUGUGUCUCUUGCUUCCUCAAAUGAGUGUACCUUUCUUCCUAAUUUUUAUUUGCUGAACUUUGCAGUUAAUGACCAAGUCUAACAUGAAAGAUAUUGAAAGUGCUGCCACUAGAGCUGCCUUUUAUUCACUCUCUCUUUUUUAAUAUACCUACUCAUUUUGAAGGUCCUGAAGGAUCAGGAGUAUGGAAGGUGACUUUAGAUUCUCGUGGUGCUGGUGGACCCUAUAACAUUACUGCUACUUCAAAAGUGGACAAUGUCAUGAAGACAAUAACUUUAGAGGAUGUUUUGUUUGGUGAUGUUUGGGUGUGUAGUGGACAGAGCAACAUGCAGUUUACAGUGUCUCAGGUAAAUGCUUAUGUACUAAAGCACUAAACCAGUACCUGCUCUUGAUCAUCUGGUUAGAUGACCCAGACAGUCACCAAAUUAAUUUAUACCAUCUCUUCUACACUUGCCGUCCAGCAUCUAUUGGACAAAGAAAAAAAAAACCUUACUGGCCUUUUUUACUCUUUGUUUAAUCUCCAACUCAGUUAAGAGAACUUAAGAUUUUGUGUGUUUGUUUUAGCAACUUCAGUUCUUAUGGAGUGACUGAGACAGGACAAUCAAAAACUAAUUUUAGGUCAAUUAAUGUGGGGAUAUAAACCAAAUUUCUCCAGAUUUAAAUUUUCAGUAGCUUUUAAACCUUUUAAUUUUUCAUAAAUCCAGGUUUAUGGAGUAGAAAGCAAUUAGGACUCAAUUCUUGUGUGUAACUGUUAUUUGUAGUAAUGGGAGUAGUAUAACAUGAUAAUUGGAUUUUAUUAUGGGAACGUGUUCCCACCAAAAGCAUAGCUCCAUUUUCUGCAUAUAAACACACUCACAACCCAAAAUUCCUCAAUUUCCUCUGACAAAGGGCUAAUGCUUGAAACAGCUUUAAAAUUUUUUGGAAUAGCCAAUUUAUGCGACCAAUUCAUUUGAUAAAUUACCAAAGUAUCUUAUUUGUAGUGAACAAGAACAACAAGGUUAUUAUUGCAUUUUGUCAUCGUAUCAUAGAUGGUAAUCAGGAGUUAGAUCAUGAUCUGGCUUUUGUCAAUUUCUCUCUAUGGUAGACACCCAUCUUCCAAGUUCUGUUUUUCAAUUCCAACUCUGUAAGAUUCAUGCAAAGAGAAUCUCUCUUUGUCCUGUGCAACAGGUUUUACUGGUUGGGGGAGAAGGGAUGGAAUUGGGGUCAAUAUGCUCAGACUUUUUCUUGGGGGUGGGUCGGUGGUGCAUCGUAUACAUGUCCAGAGUUGAUGGUGUAGACUUGCUCUAAAGACAGGCAUAUCUGUAUGCCUGUUUUUGUGUCCUAUUGUUUAUAGAUCACAUGCACUGUCCUGUGGUGAUCUUCAAGACAAGAAAGAAAAGAAUCAUCUUAGUGGACAACAUCAAGUACAAGACAAUGUAACUCUGAAGUUUUCUUACACUCAAUCCAUUUGGCUCUCAGUCAAGGGGUCCCAGUCAAUCUUAACUUGUCAAUGAUAGGAAAAUUACAAAAAGUUGGCCAUGGAAGGCUCGUGUACAGUUUUUUUUUAUGACCAGUUUGCAGAUUUUCCUCCUUAGUAAAAUAUCAGUUCAUGCUCAGUUUAAAUAUCAUGUAAAAUUUUAUGCUAGGUGUACUUGUCUCUGAAUAAUUUUUAGGCAAUCAAUGCUUCAGAGGCAUCCAAAGAGGCAGACAAUUAUCCAGAAAUCAGAUUAUUUACUGCAAGUCUUAUUGAAUCUGAAACGCCUUUAUAUGAGCUUAAGGAAGUUGAACAGCCAUGGAGUGUUGCUUCAUCUGGUAAGGCAAUUUCCAUUUUGACAGUGAUGCAUUAGUUGGUAUCAAAUCAAUAAAAAAAUGGCAAUCAUCUCAAAAAUGGUUCUAGUAACAGUAAUGGCAGUAAAGUAACAGUAUUAACAAUAACAAUAUGCUAAGAUUGAGAAUCAAACGUGAAAUGAUAUAAAACAAAACCAGAUGCCAGUUUCAGAAUUUGAUGUUCAAAACUUAAACUAAUACAACCAUUAAACCACUUUUCUGAAAGCGAGUACACCUAAUUAUUUAUUUAGUAAAUUGUCAUACUAUUUUUUUUCUCCAAGAAACUGUCAAUGGAGGUACCUGGAAAUAUUUCUCAGCUGUCUGUUGGUUUUAUGGCAAGAACCUUUAUGACCAGUUUAAGAGACCAUUAGGUUUAGUUGCCACUGACUGGGGAGGCACGCCAGUGGAAGCUUGGUCCUCACCAGAUGCCUUGCGAAAAUGCAAUGUAACUGGCAACAAAGUAGACAACUUGUAAGUCCCUUGGGAGAUAGGUUUUUCAGUGUGCUGCAGACUUUUGGUUGUGGUAAAGAAUCACUCAUAGAAUUAACUGUGCAUGCUGGACCAAGAUGAUGAUACUUUAGUAACAGUUUUAUAUAGUACAAAGAGUUUACUAUCUAUUACUUUUCUUGUAUGAGGAUUUGUGCCUGGAUUCUUGAACAUACUGGUGCUGGCAACCUUGACAUACUAACUUCUAACUAAUUUAUUUUCAAACUUUUGUACUGCAAGAUCAGUUUAUAACCUGAUCAGGUUUUGCACAUGCUAAUGGUUGGCAAGCUAUAUUUUUUGAUGGGGUGGUUAGGUAUAUGAUGUGCUCACUGUUGUGAUUAGCCCUACUGAAAGGUGUAAAUGCUAGGGACCUGGGACCUAGGAGUGUAAAGGGAAAGGAAUUAUUUGUUACUAGAAGCAAACACUCAAUACUAACGUAGCAUUUUUAAAAUCACCUUUUAAAAAUCAUGUCACCUUUCUUUAAGAUACUUGUUGCCUGAAGAUGAGUCAUUCAAGGGGCCCCAGUCACACUCUGUGUUGUACAAUGCAAUGAUCCAUCCAUUUCUGAACAUGACCAUAUAUGGAGCAAUUUGGUAUCAAGGUGAAGCAAAUGCUGGAGCUCCAUAUAAUUACAACUGUACAUUUCCUGCAAUGAUUGAUGACUGGCGCUCCAAAUGGUUCUAUGGAACUGACGAACUCACAGACCCUGAAUUUCCUUUUGGAUUUGUUCAAGUGAGUAAUGAAAACAAUUUUUAGAUCAAUGAAAGUCUCUUAACAACUGUGCACCUACCCCUCCCCUAACCCAACAUUAACCCUACUUUGUUAUCAGUUGACUAUUGUUAGUUAAAGGGAGGAGUAGGUGCUGACAUUGAUCCCAAUUUUUUGCUUGGUUUUUAAAAUUGAGGGAUCAUUUGCAGAGAGUUUGAAAAAAAUGUUUUUCGUUUUAAACCCCAAGUUGUCAGCCAAUGGAAAUGACUCAACCAUUGCAGAUGGAUUUCCUGUCAUUCGAUGGGCUCAAACUGCCAAUUAUGGCUAUGUGCCGAAUCUCAGGGAAACUAACGUAUUCAUGGCUGUGGCGAUGGAUUUGGGAAACGCCUCGUCACCAUAUGGCAGUGUCCACCCAAAUGAUAAACAAGACGUUGGGUAUCGUUUAGCACUUGCCGGACGAGCAGUUGCCUACGGGGAUCUGGAUGUGUACUAUUCUGGGCCAAUUGUAUCUGAUGUUAUAAUUACCGCUCCAGCAAAGUCUAACACAACAUGGAUUGCGACGGUGAAAUAUCAUCACGAAAGUGUGGGUUUAGGAGGAAUUGAACUGCGGUCAGACCACGGAUUCGAGGUAACUUGUCAAAUCUAUUUCCCGAAGUUGUUUAGUAAUUUAUUAUGUUUACCAAGUUGGCCACACCCUUAACCAUGUGUUUCUUCACUUGAUUGGUAAGUACAUUCUGGUAACGUGCUUUCAUGUCAAACUCAUAACUACAUUAUUUGUCUAUAGUUCUACUGCGCGUUGCCUGGCCAAUCCGAAAUCACUCAGGCCAAGAUUGUCUCAAGCGACUUCAGCUCAGUGCACGUAACUGGGGACUGCCCUCAUGAGAUGUCUGUGCAAGGAAUACGAUAUGCUUGGUACACAAAGCCUUGUGAUUUUAAAAAGUGUGCUGUCUACAGCAAGGAAAAUGACCUACCGGGACCUCCUUUCACGUGGAAUGCGCCUGUUAAUUAAAGGAACACUUUUCGAGAAAGUGCCGCCCCCAUGAAGAGGACAGUCAUCGAAACCAAGCAAAUGCAGUUGAUGUAUUUUUGAUGCUGAUAGAAUUGAAACAAUUUUCUUUGAUAUCAUUUUAAAGCUUAGCCAAUUGGAUUUUAAGUUAAACAAAUAACGUUUCAAUAAUCAGGAUGAUGAUAAUACAAGUUCAUAUUGGGAUCAGUCGUACAGAUUUGACCAAAUAUUAGUUUUCGAUAUCAUUUGAAGUGAUGUAAAACAGUCUGUUGUAAUCUUAAUAUUUCAUUUAUAAAAGGUAAGUUAUUGAGUCAGAAGUCGGAUGAUCUGUAUAAUAAGCUGAAUAACACGCGCAUUUGGACUUUUACUUAUGAUCUAUUAGAGA